CCCAACAUAAUCUAAGUGGGAAGCAAACGAGGGAAACAACAACGCAGGGAAAGGAAAGGAUCCCAAGCAAGGCAAAAUCAUCAUUCUUCAAGAAAGUUUAAUUUUAGCAGAGUGAAGUGUCUUCUCCUUCUUCAUAGCUAGCCUUCAGUCUUCCUUGGACUAUCUCAUUCUUUCUUAUGCUUGGGCAAUUUCUAUGCUUUAAUGGGAAAUCUAAAGUAUCUAGUUUUGCAUUUUUAUUUGCACCUUCCUUUGCCAGGACGAAGCCUAAUAGCAACAUAUACUACAUUGGUCACCUCCUCCGACGGACCCAAUGCCCCCCUCCCCUCCUCCACCGCCAGACUUACUCGCCCUCAUAUCACCAUCAUCUGAAUCAGAUCCGGUCACACCGCAACCGGUGCCACCCCAACCCAGCCUUAGCCCAGUACCGCCGGCCAAAUCUUUCAGAGAUACGCUAGUGGAUGGCAGUGCGUCAAUGGAACCCCCCCUCGUCACCUAUGAAGAAUUGGUUGCUGCAAACCUGGAUCAAGAAUCGUCCACUCCUAUGGCAGAAGAUGGGACUUACCCUCUUAAACCGAAAGUCCCUAAAGUUCGAAUUCCUAAAUCAAUAUGGCAGCAUCUAUGUGCCCCCUGGAAGAACGCAGUAAUUAUCAAACUGCUAGGGAAAUCUGUCAACUUCCAUGUUUUACACUCUCGGUUGAUGAAAGAAUGGCGAACAGAGAGUGAGUUUGAAGUCAUUGAUGUGGGUUUGGGCUAUUAUAUUGUCAAAUUUUCUUCUCCGCAAGAUUGUGCUAUGGUUUUAACAGGAGGGCCAUAUAAUAUUUUCGAUCAUUAUUUGGCAGUGCAACCUUGGGAACCCAGUUUUCAUCCGGCAAGAGCGAAAGCCCCCAAAACAGCUGUGUGGGCUAAACUACAUGGUGUUCCAAUAGUUUGCUUCCAUGAAGCUAUUUGUCUCUAUCAGGGUAGUAAAAUUGGGAAACCGAUCAAAGUCGAUCCUACAACCCUCCUUGCUACUAGAGGAAAAUUUGCAUGCGUCUGCAUUGAAGUUGACCUCAGCCAACCACUCCCAUCAUCUGUGGAUCUAGACUUAGAAGAGUUACCUCAGUCCCUCAUCCCGGUUGAAUUUGAAGGUUUACAUAAAAUCUGUUUCCAUUGUGGUGAAUUUGGACACACGGAAGACUAUUGUCGCUUUAAGAAUCCUGGGAAAGCCUCCACUGUCAACAACCCCAGCUCAAAGGCCAUGAUUGAGUUAACUCAGACUUUGAAAUCGAAUCCGGAAGACAACGACAUGACUUUUGGCCCAUGGAUGGUCCAACAAAGGAAGGCACGACGGCAACAGCCACGCCCACGUCCCGUCGAGCAAUCGGCAGGCAAGGCUGCUACCCCCACGACAGUUCAGAUUUCCCAAAAUCUUGUUACUAAGAAUCAGGCGCAAUCCUCGGCCCCUAAGAUUGUUGCCAAUUCUAGUUCCCAUGAAUCAAGGAGCAACCGUUUUGCUGUGAUGGCUGAGAUAAUGGAAGAUGAAACAGAUUUGUUAAACUCAAAUAUGGUAAUUGACCCCACAUUGGCGGGAAACUCGACACAAACUACGGAGUCCUCAGAACACACUAUGCCAAUGGAUAUUACCAUCCCAAACCCACCCCUUGCUCCAUCAACAGAUUUUGUUAAGCCCACGCCUAGGCGAAGAAAGGCCAAAUUUGGUGGCCCAGUCCCUAAGGACCCUAAGCCUGCUGUACCCAAACCUUACCAGCCCCCACAGGGCAUUAACAAACAGAAAGAACCUUCCGCUGCAUUACCUGCAAUUGCAGAAAUUAAGAAUAACGGUGUUGCCAUGCCGAGAGCGUCUCCUACAGUAACAGAAGCUACCCCUCGACACUCAUCAACCACUCAAAUUGACACUAUCAUGGCCUGCCUUGAUGAAUUUGCAAAAAGAUCAGGCUUGGAGAUAAACUUAAAAAAGUCUAAGCUAUUUGUUUCUCCGAAUAUCCAAGGGCAGUUAGCAAACUCUUUCAGCUCUGCUUGUGGUAUUCCUUUAACAAAUGAUCUUGGCAUUUACCUUGGGGUGCCCAUUAUCCAUGGCAGGAGAACACUAGUGCAAUCAAUAACCUCCUCGAUUCCAACGUACACCAUGCAAACAGUUCUCCUCCCUAGUGCCACAUGCUCAGCUAUUGAUUCUUUGAAUCGCAAAUUUCUUUGGGGUUCCGACGUACAAGCCAACAGACCACACUUGGUUCAUUGGAAUGAUGUUUGUUUGCCAAGAAAAUAUGGUGGGCUAGGAGUGAGAUAUGCCCGGGAGUGUAACAAGGCUUUGAUUGCUAAAUUAGGAUGGCAAAUACUUUCAGGGAGUGGGAAACCAUGGUGUCAGGCUAUCAAACAGAAGUAUCUUCAUGUUGAUAGCUUCUUUAAUUGCAAGCCCAUGCCUUCUUCAUCAGUAACGUGGCGAAGUAUCUUAAAAACCAGAGAUGUCCUACAGUUGGGGGCACGGUGGCGAGUUGGAUCUGGAUCCAACAUACAGCUUUGGAAUGACAUCUGGGCAGGUACCUCAAAACUUCUUGACUUAACAAUAGCUCCGGUGCCACACCACCUUCUCGGUAUGAUAGUAACAGAUAUCAUUAGCAACUCAGAAUGGAAUUUGUUACCAUUAAUAGAGUUUCUUCCAGAGAAUGUGCUUCGGAUGAUUGUAGCCAUCCCGUUACCAAUAACAAGCCACUUAGACGAUCAGCUUUAUUGGCAUGAUUCCCCCCACGGGGACUUCAUGGUUAAGUCAGCUUUUAGCCUCAUUCAACAAUCCAGACUCACCAGUAUUCCUAGCUCAGAGGAAUGGACAUGGAUUUGGAAGUUAUGCUGCACAGAAAGGGUGAAGCUCUUUGUUUGGCUACUUUGGAGAGGAAAAGUUCUCACAAACUCAGUUCGCUUUGAGCGCCAUAUGGCCUUUACGCCAGUGUGUCCCCAUUGCGAACAAGCACCCGAAACCCCUUUACACCUCUUGAGGGAUUGUUUUCAUUCACGACUGGUUUGGGAGUCGGCGAGCCUUCUUCCCACUGACUUCUUUUAUCUGAAUUUUGAGUCCUGGUUGAAAAAGAAUGCUACUAUCUCAAGGUUAGGGAACAGCUCUCCAGAUUUAUGGCCGUAUGUCUUCCUUGCAACCAUCUGGCACUUGUGGAAGAGCAGAAACCGAUUGGUGUUUGAGGGGCAACGGCGCCUGCCUCAUAUGGUCGCUAGCCAGGCUCAUAACUUUGCCUUGGAAAUGAGAUUUGCAUUGGAAACUACCAGGUCUCAUGCCGCUAGAGCCCCUAGAUGGGUCUCUUGGACCCCUCCAUCACACCUUUACCUUAAACUCAAUACUGAUGGUUCAUACAAUCAUCACUCAGACAAGGCGGCAGCCGGAGGACUCAUUCGCGAUCAUAAUGGGCGUUGGUUUCAUGGGUUUGCUGUCAAUGUUGGUAUCACAACAAGUUUCUUGGCUGAGUUAUGGGGCUGUAGAGAAGGCCUCAAGCUUGCUAUAUCUCUGGGGAUACAGCAGUUAGUCUUAGAAAUGGACUCUCUACUGGCAAUUCAACUCAUUCAAAAUCAGCAAAUUUCAGCCGGCCCAGCCUCCGUGCUUCUCACUGACAUCUUCUUGUUGAUAGAUUCCUUUAGCAACUGCCUAGUGAGACAUAGGGACCAGGGACCAGUAGAUGAAUUGGGUUCUAUGCUCAAUCGGAUUCGGAUUGCAGAGAACGAAGAUGGAAUUCUCCCACUGCAUAUGGUUUGGAAACAGGAAGAUGCUUGGAAUUUCAGUAUUGCCAUGCCUCUGUUUUGCUUAGAUCUAGGGUAUCCAAGUGGUAGUCAUUGGAGGCUGAUUGGUUUUUUUGGUCGUAAGCCAAAGGAAAAGGAUGAGGUUGGUGAAGUCGCUACGGGCGAGAAUGCCACUUCAGUCUCAAAAGGGGCUCUAGUUCCCUUAUUGAAAUUUGGCAACAAGGGCUUGCAAAGGAUUGGAAUAGUUAGGGCAUGGUUGGAAGCCCAUGGCGACAAGGGAGUUGCCUGGGUUUGUAUGGAGGAGCAUGGCCCUCCUAUUGACUGAAACUGUUUUAGGGAUGACAUAUAGUGGGUUGGGGACUGUUGAUGUCGAAUUUUUCCUACUCUCCCCGUGAAGCUGGCUAAAUAGGGGAAGACGUCCAGUAGUUUCAGACACUCAUAGCGACCUCUUUUUCUACUUUUGUAGCCCUAUUUUUGCCCUUAUAGCGAUUGUAGCUACAAUCUUUAGUCACAGAUGGCCCUCUUCGCUUAAUUGUCCAUAUAUGUCAUGGGUACAGUUUAAAUCUGUUAUUAAUGCUGUAGGUUACGCUUCUGUCCUUAAUUUGGCUAUAAUGCCUGCUUGAGAUUCAUCUGUAAUCUCUUUAUAUUUAAUAUAAUUCUCUAUUUUCU